AAGGGCACAAAAUCCAAUUUCAAUUUCAAUAACAAAGUCUAGAAUAAUAGGAUCAGCGAUUGCGAAUCAACUGAAAAUCGACAUGAAUUUGAAGUGCAGGACCAUUGAUUUCGGCUUGCUUUUGGUGGUGGCUGCCGUAGUUUGUCAGAUCGGAUUCUGUAGCGAAUCGCCGAAAUCCAUCAAGGUUGGUGGGCUACAAAACAGUCUCAAGAUUGACGAUAUCGGCCGCUUUGCUGUUCAAGAGCAUAAUAAAAAUCAGAACUCUUUGAUUGAAUUCGGAAGAGUCGUAGAUGCGAAAGAACAGGUAGUAGCUGGUACAAUGUACCAUCUUACAUUGGAGGCGGUCGAUGGGGGCCAAAACAAGAUAUAUGAAGCUAAAGUGUGGGUGAAGCCAUGGAUGAAUUUCAAGCAGCUUCAGGAAUUUAAGGAGGUUGAUGAUAACCACCCAAUCACAUCUUCGGCUCUUGGCGUUGAGCGUGUUUUAAAAAGAAUGGUUGCUUUCAAGUAUCGAUAAUAGACCGAGACCUAAAGGUUAUUGAGGAUUCUGUCGAGCCUCGACUGCUUCCGAAGUAAAGGGAAGAGAUCUUCAAACACAAUCAUCGUAGUAACUUAGUAAGCAAAAACUUGAAAGAAACUAGUAUCUUUAUGGCAUGUGAUAUACUGUGCCUGAAGCUGUUAGAACUUGAUGUGUAUAUUCUUGAUAAAUAUGAGAUAUUUGUGUAAAGGGGGCACCAUUUUAUGAGAGAAUAUGUCUGUGAUGUACAUAAUAUCGACUAUUACUAAUAUUUGUGGAUAUUUUUAUGUA